AUGUCGCAGCAGCUCCCCAACCUCAUGUCGGGGCUGUCGCUCGGCGGCGGGCCAAGCGGCAACAGCCUUGCCCCGCCGCCGCGCAACCCCGCCCGACCGGCCCCUCCAGGCGCCGGCGCCGACGCAAGCCCGAGCCGCCUCCCGCCGCUGAUGAAGAAGUACAUGAACCCGGGGCUCGUGCGGCCGCCGAACGCUGGGCUCGCGAGCCACCACGCCGAGGCGCAGAGACAGGCGCUGCUCUCGCUCGCGGGGGUGAACGUGUCCAAGGAGAAGCCGGCGGGCAGCACGCCGAAGGGCGCCGGCUCGGGCCCGAAGAGCCCCGAGCCCGCGCACCACAAGAAGCCCGUCCACACGACGCACACGGCGCACGGUAUCCACGGCCCGGCGCACGCCUCGUCCGCCCGCUCGCAGGCCAGCUCGAUCGCCCAGCCCGCCUCGCACGCCGCUGUGUCUGCGUCGGCUGGUGCCGGGCAGCGCGGGAUCGGCAAGUACGACGGCGGGCUCGAGGCCGACGAGGCGAGCAAGGAGGUCGUUACGGGCGAGUCGGCCAAGAUCCUCGAGAUGGACAGCGGCUCGGCUAACGGGUGA